AUGCAGUUCAUCACUCCCCUCCUCACUUUGCUCUCCGUGCUCGUCUUUGCCGGCGGCUCGGCGGGUUAUGCUUUGGAGAACACUGCGUAUGCAGCCCUCUCCGCUGCCUCUGGAUUCGCUACUGUUGAAGGUUCAGCUUUGGCUCGUAAUGUCGAGACUGAUACCUCUACCAUCACUUUGAUCACUACCGCUACCGUCUCGAUCACUUCGGCUCUUGAGAACCUUCCCAUCGUCACCUCAAGCUGGUCUCCUAGCCCUCCCAUCACCGCAUCGUCGACAUUGUCAGUCAUCACAGACCCUAUUUGGUCUGCUCACGUUCCCACCAUCACUGAGCCUAUUUGGUCUGCUCAUGUCCCCGUCCUCACCCCAUUGCCAUUACCAGUCACCGAGAGCACCUGGUCUCCUCGCCUUCCCAUCACCACGCCAUCCAGCGUGAAGACUUCCGCUCCAGGCACCCCGGUUACGAGCAUGUCCAUGGCUUCAAUCCCAGUCUAUAAGACCAACACUCUCGCUACUCCAUAUACUCUGGUUCAAGCCCCUACCCCUCCCGUCGGCAGCGAUGAUGCUUCUCGAUCUGCGGUUCCCAGCCUUGUCGAUAACACAUCUACCCCCGAGACCGUUACUCGCAACAUCCCCACCAAUGCCUCCAUCCAUUCUGGCCCUCCCGUCUUCACCACCGGCCAUACUCCCAUCCAUUAUGGCCCUCAGAAUGUUACCACCAGCCAUUUGCCUAUCCCAUCCGACCCUCCCACCUACACCAACCUUACCAGCGUUGUCAUCGCCACUGCUCCGCCUACCACCAUCACAUCCAUGACAGUCGUCACUCCAUCCCUCACCUCUUCGACUGCCACCCAGUCCACCUCGCCUAUCGUCACCAAUGCUGCUGGCAAGAUGGAGGUCCAGCUGUCGCUUGCGGUGGCUCUCGGACUGGUCCAUGGCUUCCUGAUCUAG